AGGUCUAUGUCUCUACCAGAUCUUAGGUUAGGACAAAAUUUGCAAAUAAACACGUUUAUUUAUGGCAUUAUUUUAUUACUCAUUAGUAUUCAGAACUCAUUCAUAUAUUGAAAUAUAGAUUUCAGCAUGGGAGAUUCAGGAGUAUGCAGAAUAAAACCUGAGUUUUUAAUAGGUGAAAAACCUAGAGAAUUGGCCAUUGAAUGUGUGUCAGAAAAAGAUUUAUUAAAAUUGAGUGUUCCUAAUAAUUCUUUGGACCAAGAAGUUGAAAAAUUAUCAAGCAAACGAUCAGCAGAGGAAAAUGAAGUUUCUUUCAAUAAGAAAAAAAGGAAGUUACAAGGGCAAAAUAAAUCGAGAGGUCCUACCUAUCGAAUUGAGCAAGAAAAAGAACUAUGUAAUUCAUUAGUAAAUAAUAAAGGUGAAGAUGUUUCAUGCACUAGAAAGCAAUGUAACUUUUUACAUAAUGUGGUUGAUUAUUUGGAAUUAAAGGGUGAAGAUUUGGGAAAUACCUGUUUCAAUUUUGACACCACAGGAAAGUGUGAAAGAGGAUUAGCCUGUAGAUUUGGUUCCCAACACAUUAAGGGAAAUAUUAAUGUUGUAGAUGAAGUUAAAUAUACAAAAUAUUUGGAAAAAGGCCUGCAAACAAAAAAUAUAUUGACUAAGGAAUUGCAGCAUUCUCUCAGAAAAAGAAAUUAUGAUUUCAGUUUAUCUGAAGAACUCAUUAAAUAUAAUGAUAAGGUUACUGGGAAACUUGACACCAGUAAAAAAGAAAUCAGAACAAAUGGUACAGUAACAGAUGAAGACAUCAUCAAAAUUCAACAAAGAGAAAAAAAAACAAUUAACUGGAAGGAUAAAUUAUUUUUAAGUCCAUUAACUACAGUGGGUAAUCUACCUUUUAGAAGAAUAUGCAAGGAAUUUGGUGUUGAUAUAACCUGUGGGGAAAUGGCAAUGUGUACUUCAUUAUUACAAGGAGCCCCACAAGAAUGGGCUCUUGUGAAGAGACAUCAUACUGAAGAUAUUUUUGGAGUCCAAUUAUGUGCUAAUAAUCCUCAUUUGUUGACCAAAUGUGGUCAACUUUUGACUAAAGAAAUUGAUAUAAAUUUUAUUGAUUUAAAUUUGGGGUGUCCUAUUGACUUAAUUUAUAAAGAAGGUGGAGGUUGUGGCCUUCUGAAGAGACAGAAAGUUUUAGAAUCAUGUGUAAGAAAUUUAGCUCAAAUAAUAGAUAUUCCUCUCACUGUGAAAACAAGGACAGGGAUUUAUAAGGAUGAAAAAAUCGCACAUAAGUUGGCACCAAGUUUUAGAGAUUGGGGUGCUAGUCUAAUGACAAUACAUGGACGUUCUAGAGAACAAAGGUACACUAAAAUGGCAGAUUGGAAUUAUAUAAAUGAAGUUGUACAAGCGGCUGCACCAAUGCCUGUUUAUGGAAAUGGGGAUAUUUUAAGUUAUGACGAUUACAAAAAUUCUUUAGAAACAUGUCCAGGAUUAGCUGGAGUGAUGAUUGGAAGGGGAGCUUUGAUCAAACCUUGGAUAUUCUCAGAGAUUAAAGAACAGAAAAUAUGGGAUAUUUCAAGUUCAGAACGGUUUGACAUUUUGAAGAGAUUCACCAACUAUGGGCUAGAACAUUGGGGUUCUGACAAUAAAGGUGUUGAGAAUACCCGAAGAUUUAUGCUUGAAUGGUUAUCUUUUUUAUAUAGAUAUGUGCCUGUAGGACUACUAGAAUGUCCUCCUCAGAAAGUUAAUGAUCGUCCUCCAUCAUAUAAAGGCAGAAAUGAUCUUGAAACAUUGAUGGCUUCAAGUUCAGCAUCAGAUUGGAUAAAACUUACUGAAAUGCUGUUGGGACCAAUUCCUGAAAACUUUCAUUUUCUUCCUAAGCAUAAGGCAAAUUCUUAUAAAUGAAUAAAAUAAAAAAAUUAAAGUUUUUUUAUUUA